UUCUUCUCAAGGAAGUCAACAGAGUGCAGACGUAUAAAAAAUAAAAUAAACUUCUAUAUACAACUGGAUAUCCAGCAGCUUACAAAAUAUACAAAAUACAAAUAAUACUUUAGCAUAUUAUUAUAACAUAAUAUACAUCACACUGACACACUGUGAAAUCGUAUUCUGUGGCAUUAAAUUUCCGUAUUUCCGUUAUUAACUGUUUCGAGCAAUAUAUCUGUCGUGGACUUAAAGGUUGUAAUCCGCAAGUUGUAACUUGCCUAUGUCGUUUGAGCGUUAUUUGCAUUUGUCGUUCAACGUUUCGUAGUGUAUUAUAACCGAACCGGCAAUCACCACGACGUCUGUUUAUUUACAAUUUGGCAGGAACUUGCUUGUUUUUAUUAUUAUUAUUAUUUUCGUGUGUGAAUCGUUAAUUCGUGACUCGUGAGUGCGCGUCGUUCGUGACCGAGGGCGGCGUCUGCGACGACGCACUAACGACAUAUCAUCAUCACAUUGGCACUGCGAUGGCCGCCGCUCGGGGUUAAUCAAAACUAUUCAAAACGACGCUAGUGCUGCAGCAGUGUGGUUCACUACAAUCACUGGAUUUUGAUUUUGGACUGUGGAACGUUUCUCACGGACAAACCUAGUAGACUUCGGUCAAUAGGGCAGACCAUUGGAAUAUACACUAUUGAUCGUCUCGGACGGCAUUAGUGUUGUAACUUGUAGUUGCGCGAGCCAUCUGAAUGGGAAUUUGAAGAUCAAAAUCCGGUACGAUGACGACCAACCCUCUGAAACGAUUACACGAACCCGAGGACGAAAACGUCGUCGCCGCUGCCUACUCGUCAGUCGAAACCGUUACAACCACAAUACUGGACUUGCCGACCGAAUUGAUUGAGUACAUUUGUUGUUGGGACUCGUUGAAAUUGAUUGACGUUUUCAACUUAGCUGUUUCGCAUUCCAAACUCAGUACCUGCUUGUUCCAUGAACGAAACUCUUGCCUCUGGAAAUCUAAAUUCAUACAAAAAUAUGGUCCAUUAGACAAUGAGGAGUAUGAAGUUGUUAUUGAUGAACAUCAUACUUGGAAGGAAGAAAUCAUAUUACGUAUGAGUUUGGAUAAAACUGUACCUGCUGAAAUUGUACAAAUGCCAUGCCGAUACAUGAAGUUUAAAACUGUUCCAUAUCAUAUGUAUCCGUUUAGUCAAUACUUGAACUCGGAAAAUGAAGGGCAUAGAUAUUAUGUUCUAUCAGCCAUUGCGGCUUAUUAUAAACAACUUCAGGCUAACGAAUGUCGUAAUGAAAAUUAUGAUCUAUUGUACAUGGCACAUCAAUUUCUCAUUUAUUCUUGCCAAGUCUAUUUUGGUUACAAGUUAAGACAUUUCUUAAGUCUACCAUCAGCAGAACAAAUUGUUGAACGAGGAUUUUACCUACUUGGACGUUGGUGGUGUCCUACUAUCAAUAUACCUUAUCGUGAUAUAAACAAAAGUUUGAACAACAUAGCUAUUGAUGUGUGUAAUCGCAUUCGUUCAGCUAACGCAGCUCAUCCUCUAUUCGACCAUAAAGACUAUUCGAAACAAUUGGUUGAACGUGGAAAAUUUAAUCUUGAUCAUGAUUUAUUUGAUGAAACCAGCACAAUGUUUAUACUUGAUAAUAUAAGACAAAUCAUAUUUUCUGAAGAUCAACUGGUUUGUUAUUGUAACCAUGACUUAAAUUGCUUUUUGUUGCAGCAGGUUAUUGAUCGAAGAAAAGGUUCUGUAUUUUUGUUAUGUGUGAUAUUUGAAUCAGUUGCUAGACGAUUAGGAGUAAAGGUCCGUUUAACAGCAACUUCUGUUCAUAAUUUUGUAUCGUGGACAUCUUCAUGGCCCGGAAAUAAACGUAAAAAUCCUACAUGCUACUUGGUAGAUAUUGCUGGCGGUGGUGUCAUGCGUAAAGCUACAGUUUGUCCAGUCUCAGGAAAAUUACCAGAACAUUAUAAUGGAAAUUCUAUACUUGAUUUGUUUUGGACAUUUAGCAAAACUGUGGAGCAACUUACUAUUGAAAAUAUGGCUACGUAUAAAUAUGUAUUGGAUUUCCAAAAACUUUUAAAACCUGAUGAUUCUGAAGUUGAAUUUAAAUGUCAAAAAUUCCAUCAGUAUUAUGACUAUUGUCGAUGUCCUUUGCUCAGAAAUCCAUCUAAUCCCUAUGCUCCUAACCAUGCAGAUGAGAAGAACAUUAUGUACACAGAUUGGGAAGAAAUUUUCCCCGCAGUACCUAAAAAACGUGGAGAGAUUCAUGAUCCAAAAUAUUCAAUUGGCAUGAUGAUUGAUACCAUUGCUAUGGGUAAUAGCUCCUGUUCAAGUAUCGUGACUAAACGUGGUGUGGUUGUGGGCUGGACAAGAGUUCCCAGUAACAACCCAUUGCCAAAUCCAACUGUAUACCAUGUGCUCAUCAGACCUGAUCAUUAUUUCAGUACAGCUAAAUAUCAAAACCCUGUUAUCAAGGCGAUAUGGGAAGGCAGAUAUGAAAAAUUGCAGAGACAACUGAAACCAUACGAUUACAAUUUCAAGAACAUUGGCAAAUUUUUCACACAUUACAGUCAUGAGUUGUGCGCUUUUGUACCCAUUGAUGAUUUGGCGCGACUUUAUCCCGAUGAUCUAUCAUACACUAUAAGUAAAUCAUUGAACAUUGACUGCAAGGUUAAACAGUUCACAGGUCCACACGUUGUUCCUAAGUAUUAAUUUUUUUUUUUUUUUACAAAUACUUUAAUAUAUUUUGUUUUUUCUCAUUAUUUAAACAGAACCUAAAUUAUAAAUUUUAAAUAUAUACCUAGCUAUUAGUGAACAAAACCUUUUUUGGUGGAAAAAUGUUAUAGGACUCUAAUUAAUGUACUUCAACCCUGUUUGUCAAGCACAUACUUUUUAUCCUCUACUAUCAAUGUUGCUUUACUGUGUCUACUAAACACAUGAAAAUGACAACAAUAUCCUACAUCAAUCCUAACUAUAAUUUAUAAGUAAUAAAUGUUUUAUUUUAUCCUAACUGAGAA